CUAUGCUUUUAAGAUGUUAAACAAAUGUACAGCACCAAAGUCGCGACUGUGUACUGCUAUGUAAAUAAACAAGAUUGCCGAUGCCAACUUUCACUUUUUGAUCCAAACAUAACUUUACUAAAUUGGAUUACACCAGACCAAAUAUGUUUUUGUUUAUUGAAGAGAACGCGGAACAGGUAGCAACGUACGCCGCCAACUACAUCAAGAAGCGCAUUAAUGACUACAACCCUGGACCAGAUAACUAUUUUAUCAUCGGUCUACCCACAGGAGGCACUCCCAUCCAAACAUACCAGAAGUUGAUCGAGUUCGUUAAAGCAGGCGAACUAUCCUUCAAGUAUGUCAAGAGUUUCAACAUGGACGAGUACGUUGGGUUGGAGGAGGACCACCCACAAUCAUACCACACAUUCAUGAGGGAGAACUUGUUCCAACACAUUGACAUCGACUUAGCCAACACGAACCUUCUCAAUGGAAACGCACCUGACCUCACAGCCGAGUGCCGAAGGUACGAGGAGAGGAUCUUGGCGGAGGGUGGCAUCGAUCUGUUCCUGGGCGGCAUGGGAAAUGACGGUCACGUAGCCUUCAAUGAGCCCUGCAGCUCUCUGGCAUCACGCACGCGGAUCAAGACAUUGACAUCUGACACCAUUGUCGCGAACGCUCGGUACUUCGACAACGAUGUGAGUAAAGUGCCAAAGAUGUCGCUUACAGUGGGCGUGGGAACUGUAUUUGACGCACGUGAAGUGCUUCUGCUGGUUACAGGGGAGAGCAAAGCCUUGGCUCUGCACAACUGUGUAGAGAAGGGCUCGUCACAUAUGUGGACCGCCUCGGUAUUCCAGCACCACACGAACAGCACGAUUGUCUGUGACGAAGCGGCUACCAUGGAACUGAAGGUAAAGACGGUUAAAUACUUCAAGGACACGCGUAACAUCAUCAACGAGAAUUUCCCAAGUGGUCAAUAAGUGCACAGAUACAGUGCGAGUCUACUGCAGUCUGCACCACACAACAACAUAUGUACAAACGCGUUCGAGAAAGCAUUGAAUGGAGAGUACCAGAUGCUUUGGCGAACCAAGAUACGGAAGUUAAAUUAAGCUUGACACCGAGUUGGGAGUUUUAAAUCGAAUACCAUCAGAUGGCAAUGGAACUACAAACUCGUGGAUACAUACAACACGUUCUUGUAGACUACAUACACAAAGCCGACCUCAAAUAUUAGAAUAUAAAUGUAAAUGCUAUUUCACCGAUGUUCUACAUACAUGUUAAAUACAUUUGUACAUUUUAAUAGGCGUAUAGAAAAAUACGUUCGACUUUUAUCAAGUACAGUUUAAAGUAUUUACACGAAUGAAAAGUCACAUAUGUACGAAUUUUGUACCCAGACGAAUGUAAAUCUAAUCACAAUGGUGCAAAAUAUAUGCGCAUACAAAUGUACAUAACCAUCAGACGAUAUAUAUGUAUACGUAUACAGAUAUACAUACAAACAUCAAUAGAUGAAUAUAUUCACACACAAAAAAAACUGCUUUAAGAAAUUUUUACCCAUACGAAAGCAAACCUAUAUUCACAUUGAAUACAAAAUAAACGCACAGAAAUGUAUAUAAUAAUGAG